UAGGCGGGAAAGAGGAAGGAGUCUGAGCCUAAUCCACGACCAGGAAACGGGCCAGAUUUGGAAAAAGAGACAACUCUGGCCUUGCGGGAUGGUUCGUGGCAGGACCAGCGUGAGGGGAGUGAGCAGGGCAUCUUUGGAAUGGGGGCCUUCGCUUUAGGAAGAGGAGGCGACCCCUCUGUCCAUAUUUAAACCACGGUUCUCGGCGCCACCUGUGCAACUCGGCAUCCAACCUCCCCGCACCAGCCCCGGUCCAGGUACCUGGAACUUAGUCCGAUCGGUAACCGGCGACUACGUGGGGUUACCCGAGCGCGCCCCCGACUGACACACCGAACUGCGCGCGCACCGCGGACCGGACGCGAGCGUGCGCGCUCUCCUAACGCCCCGCCCCCUUGACGGCCCAGGAGCCGGCGGCGUGCGCGCCCCCGCGCUACUGCUACCCCCCCCCCCAUCGGCGCUCGGAAAGGUGUCCGCGCCGUGCCUGAAGCGUCCUUUCUCAGAACCUGUCGUAUGGGUAGCGAGGGGCACGAAGUCUCGAAAAUGAAGAGGGCUCUGUAAUGUCAGGCGGAAGAAGGAGACAAUUCCUGGAAGAAUAGGGGGCAGUUCGUAGACGGGGUUAUUUUGGGCAUUCAGGUGGGCGCCCAAAGGCCCGCGUCGUUAAGAAAGGUAGCCGCCGCGUCUCUAGUUACGGGGUCGAGCAAAGGGCGAAGGUCAGCGUCCAGGUUGGAGAGCACCUCGUGUUAGUAAUGGCCGCAUCCGGGGAACCCGGGAGACAGUGGCAGGAGGAGGUCGCAGCGGUGGUGGUGGUGGGCUCCUGCAUGACCGACCUGGUCAGCCUUACUUCCCGUUUGCCAAAAACUGGAGAAACCAUCCAUGGACAUAAGUUUUUUAUUGGCUUUGGAGGGAAAGGUGCCAACCAGUGUGUCCAAGCUGCUAGGCUUGGGGCAAAGACGGCCAUAGUGUGCAAGGUUGGCAAAGAUUCUUUUGGCAAUGAUUAUAUAGAAAACUUAAAACAGAAUGGUAUUUCUACAGAAUUUACAUAUCAGACGAAAGAUGCUGCUACAGGAGCUGCUUCUAUAAUUGUCAAUAAUGAAGGCCAGAAUAUCAUCGUCAUAGUGGCUGGAGCAAAUUCACUUUUGAAUACAGAAGACCUGAGGGAAGCAACCAGUGUCAUUAGCAGAGCCAAAGUAAUGAUCUGCCAGCUGGAAAUAACUCCAGCAACUUCUUUGGAAGCUCUGACAAUGGCUCGCAGCAGUGGAGUGAAAACGCUGUUCAAUCCAGCUCCUGCUAUCGCUGACCUGGAUGCCCGGUUCUACACCCUCUCCGAUGUGUUCUGCUGCAAUGAAAGUGAGGCUGAGAUUUUAACUGGCGUGGCGGUUGGUGGCCCUGCAGAGGCCGGGAAGGCUGCACAGGUGCUGGUGCAGCGGGGCUGCCAGGUGGCAGUCAUCACCUUGGGUGCCGCAGGAUGCGUGAUGCUGUCACAGACGGACCCCGUCCCGAAGCACAUUCUCACAGAGAAGGUCAAGGCAGUGGAUACCACGGGUGCUGGUGACAGUUUUGUAGGCGCUCUGGCCUUCUACAUGGCUUACUAUCCAAAUUUGUCCUUGGAAGAAAUGCUCAAGAGAUCCAAUUUCAUCGCAGCAGUCAGCGUCCAGGUGGCAGGAACACAGUCAUCUUACCCAUACAAAAAAGACCUGCCAUUCGCUCUGUUUUGAUUGUUUUUAAUCCCAAAACAAAUGUACAUGGAAAUAAAAUGUAUUUGGGGUGAGUGCUCUUAACUGGUGGUUUACCAUAAAUUGUCCUCUUCUCCUUUCUUUGCAAAUAUUAUAUUCAUUUACUAACAGUCUC